AUGGCCAGGCCGGGGCCUUGGCUGCUGCUUCUCCUGGCCCUCAGGUGUCCGGCCCUGCCCACAGAUCUCUUUCCCGUUCCUUCCUCUCCAGACGGAACCACACUCCUGAGGCUGACACAUCUAGGUGUAGGGGGCAGCCCCCUUCCCUCUCUGGCCCCACCCAUCACACUGCUGGUAGGUGGAAAGCCGCAGACACUGGUGGUCUGCCUGGUCCUCAACGUGGCCCCCCCUCACCUCGAGAGCCCCAUCUGGUUCUCAGUCGCCAACGGCAGCGCGCUGGACGCCUUCACCUACGGCCCUUCCCCGGCAGCGGACGGCACCUGGACGGGCCUGGCUCAGCUCUCGCUGCCCUCUGAGGAGUUGGCAGCCUGGGAGUCUUUGGUGUGUCACACGAGGCCGGGAGUCGGGAACCAGAGCUGGAGCACACGGCCCCUCCGGCUGUCAGGAAAGGCUUCCUCAGCCAGGAACUGCUUCUGGGAGCCUCUCAGAGGCACGCGGGGCCUGGCGCUGCAGCUGGGGGCGCUGCGGCUGCUGCUCUUCAAGCUGCUGCUCCUGAACGUGCUUCUGACCUGCGGCCGCCUCCGCGCCCUGCCCGGCCGCCCGCACCCGCAGCUGAUUUGCUGGUCGUCUGGCCGCACGCGAUGA